CACAGCGUACACGAGUGAGGACGUCCGGUCAACGCGGACACGUCGUUCGUUGUUUUCGGUUUUGGCGAAGUCCACGCCACAAUGCGUCCAGUCGGCGGUACCUACGCGUAAGCGCACAUCCGACCGGCGCCGUCUGCCCGAGAGAUGACGACGACCGCCGCCGAGGCCGGGAGACAGUACGCCGUGCCCAGCCUGUUCAAGUCGGCGUACCGGGCGUGCAACAAGAUCCAGCGGUACGUGUAUCGGACGGAUUACUCUACGCUUCCGCGGGUCGACAUGCAGCGCUGUUGCCAGUCGCUGUUCGAAAUCUUGAAGCUGAACUCGGACGGCGGCUGUUUCGACGCGGACGGCGACAGGCGGUCCAUGUACCGGAAGGUGCGGCGCGGCCACAACGGCCACGUGUUCGGCGGCGUGUGCGAGACGGCCGCGCAUCACGGCCACGCCGAUUGUCUGAGGCUGGCCCACGAGAUCGGCUGCCCGUGGGACGCGUCCAUGCCCCCGGCCGCGGCCUUGGGCGGGCACCUCAAGUGCCUGGUGUACAUGCACGAGAACUCGUGCGCGUGGGACGAGCGGACGUGCACCAAGGCGGCGGGCGCCGGUCACUUGCACUGUCUCAGGUAUGCGCACGAGAACGGAUGUCCGUGGCACGAACUGACGUGCGCCGACGCCGCGGCGGGCGGACACCUGGACUGUCUGAAGUACGCGCACGAAAACGGAUGUCCGUGGGACGAGCACACGUGUUUUUUGGCGGCCAUGUUAGAUCAGCUGCCGUGCCUCGUGUACGCCCAUCAAAACGGAUGUCCCUGGGACAGGGACUACACCGAUCGCUUGUUCAUCAGUCGCCGGUGUCUCGAGUACGCGUACAACAUCGAAUGCCCAAACUUCUGGUGGACGGCCGACGCCGAUUAUUAAUUAUUAUUUAUUUAAUUAGGCGCAUAAUAUUAUUUUCUUGUUUAUGUUUUAUACGUUUCAAUCG